AUGUCGCAGUUGGGAUUGCGCCGGGUGGUAGCCCUGUGGUUUGUGGCGGUUUACAUUCUAGUUGGUAUUCCGUUAUGGUACAAACUGACGACGAUAUAUAGGGCACCUUUGCCCAGCACAUACAUCCGCUCGAUUCAAGAAAACAUGCAUUCGGACGUUCAUGUCGUGGUACCCGUGUACGUGCGAUCAGAGACAUACAAAUUUCCCGACAUUCACGACGCGAUUCAGGCGCAGGUUAACGCUCUGAUUCUGUCCAAAGCCACCGCUGUCAACUGGUCCUUGCAGGUGCUUCAGCCCGAACAGGGCCAGGUUUUAGACCCGGAGUCAGACCAUGUGCUGACUUUGGUUCUGGAUGAUUUUACGGGCUAUUCUGUAGCGUACGAUUCCAAAGAAACGUUUGUCUUUUUUGAUAACGAAGCAGUGGUGUCCAAUGACGUACCGUUUUUUGCAGCUCAAACGUUGGUAGAACACACUUUUGCCACCGAGUGGAACCAUAUCAGCCGAGGUGAAGACGAAAAUGAUGGGCUUCGGGAACCAAACUCGGAAAUGGCCAUUUCCUACGCUCCAGCCGUGCAUCUCUCCAUCUCACUUUUAACUGGGGACGGUAGACCUGUAGCCUGGGACAUCGACUCGACAUUAGAGCAGUACUUUACUCCGCUACGCCGAUUCUUGUCGCCUCUAGUGAACUUCACCGUUGAUACCAGCAUCGUUCAAUUUAAUGACUUAAAUUUGGAGUCUUUACACCAAUCACAAAAUCCAUCAUGGCAAGAUUUGGCUCACACUAUUGAUCUUUCCGAACUUUCAUCCAUGAAUUACUACCUUGAAAAAAACGCUUUGAAUCUGGCCAUCGUGUUUCCUAGUCCGGAGGUUGGUCAAUUAGCUUUUAUUAACGCUACAAAAGAAAGACCCUGGCAAAGUUUUAUGGUACCUCAGUGGGGCGCUUUGGUCGUCAACAAGGAGGCAUUGCCAGACAAUUCGCGCUUAACGAAGGACUACCUUGCGCCUGUAAUAUACAGUUUUGCUCGCGAAUUGUUCCAGUUUCUUGGCCUGACAUCUGAAACUGCGGAUCUCACAACUCCAUACACAACGAUUGACUCGUUCAAAAGAUUGACUACUUUAAAAAGCCUGGAGCAAGGUGUAGAGACGCUCUGGUCGCUGGUUAAACUUACGGAGCAGUUCCCACAAAUGUCAGUACCCAAGCAAGUUCUGGACGACGUGGUGCGAGCUUUAGACCUUCGAUUACAAAUCAUAGAGCUCUUAAAUGACCCAAAUCAAGGUGGUGAUGUUACCUGGAACAAAGCUCUGUGGUUAAGCAAUGCUUUCGUAGAGGUAUGCGAAAAAGCCUUUUUUCACAAGGAAAUGGUACAACAAAAUUUUUUCCCUCAAGAGCAUAAAGUUGCAGUUUACCUGCCACUUUUAGGUCCACUAUCUGUCAUUACCUUCACAGGUCUCAUCAACGCCCUAAGGGAGAAGAAAGAAUCUACGGAUCCGGACAAGGGACAGGAAAGCGAGGAAAAACGUGAAAAGGAGGCUGCUGAAAGUAAGGUUACAUGA